AUGACAGUUGCCUACUCAACGGUAUUAUCUGAUCAUCGCUCGGAGAAGCUCCCCUCCUUCAGAGAGCUUCUGCCUGAUCAUCUUCAUGAUGAAAUAGAGGGUGGAGUGUUUUAUACUCAGUCAAAUCAGAAUUGGAGGCGUGGUUCACUGCAGGAUACCAUGCCACCACCGACUCCUCAGCACACCGAUAGACUUCCAUCCAGACUCUUUGCCAGAGAUAGCCGGUUUGAUGAUGUUUCCCUGCGACCUGACAGGUUCUUGGGCAACAAUGCCAAAUCUCCAAAUAUCCAGCAACCUCAUAUAUCAGAACCCAAAUCCACAGCCUCUGCUCCACACUCGCGUCCUAGGCUUUCUCUUUCCGAGAUCAAUCGGUCACUACCUCCUCCUAUCCCAUCUCCAUCGAGGGAAUAUCUCGUCAAGGUUUCACCAAACGCCAACAGCAACGCCAUUUAUGCUCCCAUGAACAGCCGAGGAAGAAACGAUGGAGAACUGUCCAACUACUCGAUAUCCUCUCCCCGGAGUCAGUUUUCCUUCGAUUCUUCGAGCUUUUCACAUUCAUCCUCUCCAGUCAACAUGGUGUCUCCCUGCGACUGCCGCGACCAACUCCCAUACCCCGCAUCGUAUGAACAGCCUCAUGCGUGCGACAGAGGCUACCCCCAAUCGUCUUUUGGUCAUUUCAGACCAGCCUCAGGAUUCUGCCUUUCAGAAUGCGAGCUUGGUGAUAUGAGGGAGAAGAAGAGAAGAGGAAACCUGCCAAAGCCAGUAACGGACAUGCUCCGGGCUUGGUUAUGGGAGCAUCUCGAUCACCCAUAUCCAACUGAGGAGGAUAAACAGAUAUUUAUGAGCCGCACAGGAUUGACAAUUAGCCAGAUUAGUAACUGGUUCAUCAAUGCUCGAAGGAGACAAGUAGCAUCUCUGCGCAACCAGGUUAAGGCCCGUAACAACUCAGAGACUGACGGCAGCAGUAGUCGGCGGAAUAGCAGUCCUCGUCAAAGUGAUGACGACUCAGACUAUUUGCGGACUCCAUCAGAAAAACAUUCAAGCCUUCCUUGA